AUGGGGAGGGGAAGAGUUGAGUUGAAGAGGAUAGAGAACAAGAUAAACAGGCAAGUCACAUUUGCAAAGAGAAGAAAUGGUCUUCUCAAGAAAGCUUAUGAGUUAUCUGUUCUUUGUGAUGCUGAGGUUGCCCUCAUCAUCUUCUCCAACAGAGGAAAACUCUAUGAGUUUUGCAGCAGCUCUAGCAUGCUUAAAACACUUGAGAGGUAUCAGAAGUGCAGUUAUGGUGCUGUGGAAGUUAGCAAGCCUGCCAAAGAACUUGAGAAUAGCUACCGUGAGUACUUGAAGCUGAAAGCAAGAUUUGAAUCUCUUCAAAGGACUCAAAGAAAUCUUCUAGGGGAAGAUUUGGGCCCAUUGGGUACCAAAGAUCUUGAGCAACUUGAAAGGCAAUUGGAUUCUUCUCUGAAGCAAGUGAGAUCCACAAAGACACAAUUUAUGCUGGAUCAAUUAACUGAUCUUCAAAAUAAGGAGCAGAUCUUGGUAGAUGUCAACAGAACUUUGAGCAUGAAGCUGGAUGAAAUCAAUUCAAGGAAUCAAUAUAGGCAGCAAUCAUGGGAAGCUGGUGAUCAAAGUAUGCAUCAAUAUGCUGCUCCACAUAAUGCUCACUCAUCUCAAGGCUUCUUCCAGCCUCUGGAAUGCAACCCCACUUUGCAGAUUGGCAGUGACUAUAGGUACAAUGGAGUAGGAUCAGAUCAAAUAACUGCUACAACAACAACUCAAGCUCAACAAGUGAGUGGUUUCAUUCCUGGAUGGAUGCUUUGA